AUGCCCCGAAUCUUCAUGACCGGGGCCUCUGGCUUCAUCGGAUCCACCAUUGCCGAACUGGCCAUCACCCGCGGCUACCAGAUCUACGGCCUAUCUCGAACCGAAGCCACCGAUGCCAAAUUGACUCAGCUUGGUGUCGUCCCGGUACGAGGGGACCUACAUUCUCUCGAUGUCCUCCGCGAUCAAAGUGCCCAGGCAGACAUCGUGAUGCAUCUGGCCGAUGCGUUGGCCGGAAACUUUGGCAUGGACUAUGAAGAAGUCCUACGUAUUGACUUCGCUGCUGUUGAUGCCAUCGGGGAGGGGCUGCAGGGGUCGAAUAAGCCGUUGGUCGUCACGUCCGGCUCGCUGGUGGUUGCACCUGAUCCCACUGGCGCUGAAACGGACGAGACAUCGCCACUCAAUGAGAAUCCUCUCAACGGCCGGAUUCGUGCUGAGCGGCAUGCGCUUGAGCUGGCUGGUAAAGGUGUCAAAGUGUCUGUGAUCCGGUUGGCUCCGUUUGUCUAUGGCCGUGGAGGCAGUGGGAUACGCUUGUUUAUGGGCAUGUUCAAGAAUGCUGGACAAGCCUUUUACGUGGAUGAUGGGGCUGUCAAGACAUCUGCAGUCCAUGUUGACGAUGCUGCGCAGUUGUAUCUUCUUGCUGCUGAGCAGGCAAAGGCGGGGGAUGUUUUCAACGGUGUGUCUUCGACGACUGUGACGAUACGUGAGUUAUCCGAGGCGAUGGGCGAGAUCUUGGAUCUCCCUGUGGUUUCUCUACCCUACGACAAGACUGUCGGUCAAAUGGGCGAGUUUCUGGCGAGGUUCUUGAGUUCAGAAAAUCGUGGAUCUGGUGGGAAAGCAGAGAGGGAGUUGGGAUGGAAACCUGCAGGAAUGGGCAUUUUGGAGGACAUCAAGAGUGGUUCGUAUGUAGCAGUGGCUGAGGGAUUAAAAUGA